AUGUUCAACUCCAUCUCGAGGAUCUUCAACCGGUACACGCCUACCAAGAACUCGUCCCCCGGACCUGCAAGACCAGAACGCGACGACAGCGAAGAUCGAACUUUUCCUUCAACUGCGCCGCCCGAGUACCCAGACGGAAUUGAUGACCGACAGUUAGCCAGAAUGGCGCCAGAGAACGACGACGGGCUCGAUGACGAUUUCCCUGACGGUCUCGAUGGCGUUAACGACUACGUGGACCCGUUUUCCUCCAUGAUCCCUUUUUCGACCCAAGCGGACGAUUUUCCAGAUGCUGCGAGCGCCGCGCAUGAGUCAGGCGAGGACAAUGGCGUGAAGAAACGGAAGUCCAAAAAGAAUAAGAAAUCCAGCAGCAAAAAGGCUCGCGGCAAGAAGGGCAAGGAUGCGAACAAGGCGACCGACCUGGAACACUCGGAUGCAGGUCCAUCGUCUUCCAUCUCCGGUGGCCAAAUCAAAAACUCUAGCGACGCAAUCCAGGUCGAUGACGACCAUCUUCCUGUCGCGACCCAGCACAAGAAAAAGCGCAAGCGCGCGUCGGAAGACUUCACUGGACCGGGCGCGUCGCAAGCUUCGGGUCGGAAGAAGAGAAAGAAAAAGAAGACGCGUACACCGGUGGAUGAUGCUGAAGAUGUCGACAUGGAGGAGACACAGCCUGAGGACGUCGUACCCGAGUCGCCUGAGAGCACCACCAUCGCCCAACCCAUCGUUCACAGCCCUGCUUCCGAGCCCGACCCUGUGGAGAUGAAAAACGAGUCACAGCAGUCGCAACUCCUCGGCGUUCCCAGAAAGUUCUUCACUCAACCUUCCGGCACGCCUGUGUUGCCGAGCCCAGACGGCGAUAUGACCGACGAUGACAAGAACGCCUUGGCGUCUUCACCUAGCGUUGCUGCGCAGAGGCGGAGGAGCAUGUCACGGGGAUCUCAGAUUUCUCUCCUGAGACAGAGUCUUGUCAGCCAGGCCGCAGCUCAACCGUAUGAUACGUUACAAGCCGUGGAGUCUACGGACGAUGCUGUGGAUGAACAGGUAGAGAGCUCUUCGGAGUCUGAAGAGUCCAUCGAGGCCGCGCAACAAAGCUCACCGAUUGUCGCAAAACCCGAAAAUGCCACAUCCGACCAGCACAGCAUCAAUGGUGAUCAAGACGCGGAUUUGGACGAGACUGCGAACCGGCCCUCUUCGCCCGGACCACUCCUCGAAGACAGUGCACAGUCUGAUGAUGGAUCUUUCGCUGAUGGUCUACCCCCAUCAUCUCAGCCCCCGAGAGAAAGUCCAACGAGCACACGCAGCGAAGACAUGGUGGCAGCUUCAACCCCUCAGCUGCCGAUCAAAACUUUCCGCGAUGCACUUCAGAACUCAUCCAAAAAACAAACCACCUAUUCCAAGAAGGGAUCAGCUAUCGAGAAGCCCGCCACAACACCCAGAGGUACUCGACGUCACAAUGCCGAGACAGACGGAGAACAGUCAUUUGGGGUUGGCAACUUGCCCAGUUCGGCUCAGAAGUCUAACCGCUCUACUGCAUCCAAGAAACAACGCUCCAAACCGGACUUCUUUGAGAAGUCAAUAUCAGACCACGAGGCACCAGAGUAUCUUGACGUGGAAGAGAACGCGACUAAUGCGAUCCAAGAGGACGGCGAGGAUCAUGUGCCUCACAUAGAUGUAGCCGCAGUCAAGAAGCCGGCACCGACCAAGACCACAAAGCCUCAAAUGAAGCUCAAGAAAGCCAAACAGACAGCCGCAACUGGCUCACUACCAACCAUCACAGACAAACCAGCAAAGACGACAACGCCAAAGAAGCCUGCGAAGCCCAAGGGGGCAUCACAGGGACCACCCGAGUUUGUUACGGGCCAGUUCUCCGUCGAAGAGACGAAGAAGCUCACUGAGAUUGUCGAGAAAUAUAGAGAUGAAAACAACCUCACACAGGAGCAGAUGAACAACCUCAUCCAGAUGAAACAGCGCAAAAAGACAACGUCUAAAGCGGCUAUUCCAUAUGACGGCGAUAAAUUUCUGAGUAUGUGGAGUUUCAUAUGUGCCGCUCUUCCCGACCGGCGCCGCCAAAAAAUCAUCGACGUUGCUCGUCAGUCCUUCCAUAACUUCAAGGCUCGGGGAGGAGGAUGGACGUCUCAAGAAGAUGCUAAGCUGGAGAUGCUGCACGCCAAACACGGCAAUUGCUGGGCCAAGAUUGCGGAUGAGCUGGGACGCCAUCAGAAAGACGUUCGUGACCGUUAUCGGAACUACGUCAUUUGCGGCAGCACGGAAGGCCGUCAAUAUUGGACUGAAGAGGAAGAAAGAGAGUUGGUCCAGCACGUCAUCACCUCACUCAGACGGACUGACCAGUCACCUUCGAAAAUCCGGAAGCCUCACGAACCCUUCAUAAACUGGCAAACGAUCAGUGACCUGAUGGGCCGCAAACGCAGCCGCCUGCAAUGCAUGAGGAAGUUCAAGACUCUCAACGUGGAAUUGAGCCCCAGCGAGGUUCUGCAGUCGUCGCGUCCCGCUUCAAAGGUCACCUGGACGUUGGAGAAGGCCCGCAAGCAGAUCCAGGAAAUGCCACCCGAAGAUAAGCACAAGGUGGUCCGGUCAAUCCUGGCCGGAGGCGCGGGCCGCGAUCGAAAGAUUCAGUGGACCAAGCUUGCCGACUUGGAGUUCCGCAGGAAGUGGCCCAAAAAGACUCUCCAGUUGCUGUGGUAUCGUCUGAGGCAGCUCGUUCCAAAUCAAAAGGAAAAGUCAGUUAGAGACUGCGCCCGUUGGUUGCUGGAAGAUGCCAAAGCGAGCGGCCCCCGGGGUGCCAAAAUUCUUGGCGGAGGGGAUACCAACUACGAUACUGAGGACGAGAUGGCUGUUGUUGACCCUCCCAAGAAGGCCAAUCGUCGAAAGAGCAAAAAAGACCAGCCGCGCAGCGCUGAACUUGUGAUUGAUAGCGAUGAGGCUUCCGACGACGAUGAAGACGACGAAGACUCUGAAGGUGACGAGGAGGACGAGACCCGGCUGACAGAUCUUGAAUCUCCAUCUGCACAGCAGCAACCAUCGUCGUUGGCCGCAUCAGCACAAUCGAAUCGACUUAUGGCCGGUUCUAUGUCGACUGCUCUAUCUGCGUUUCCAUCUCUCCAACCUGCCGCCAAUUCCAGACUAGCCCCAGCCGAGUCAGAAGAUGCCAGACCCAGCCCGGCCAAGAAAAGGAUUAGGCUUUCUGGGGGUAAUUCAUCAAGACAACGUUCUAUGGAGCAUGACGGUAGUUCGCCCGAGCCAGUCACUGCGCAAUACGCGGUCGAGAAGAUUCCCGAUCGCCUGAAGGAGAAGAGGGAAAAUGCCAAGAAUCGUAUUUCUUCCGGCAACAGACUUCGGUCGGCGGCGUCGCUGCAACCGGAGUCGGUGCAAAAUAGCGAUGUUGACGAGGACAUGCCACCAAUUCGCGUUCCGCCGUCGACCGCACCCACGGGCCUCAAAGCCAAAAGGAGACCAAAUCGGCCGACAGGCAGCUGGGCCAGGAAGACUGGAGGGCCUGAGCCACCGGGCGGGCAGCUUGGGCCGCGAUAUUAUCAUGUGCUGGAAGUGGAAUCAGACAGUGGUUCAAGCUCAGCUCACGAUGAUUAUGUAAGACCGGCGUCGGCGUCUCCAGCGGCGACCACGCCUGCGACAAAAGCUCAUGCAGCGAAGCGCCGACGCAAGGACACUGAAGUGGCAGAAGCCGCGGCUUAG